AAGAAAAGAAAAGUAAAGGAUCCCCAAAGAGAGAAUAGAAGGGAGGGGUUUUGUGUAUAUAUAUAUAUAUAUAUCGGGGAAAAUGAGAAAAGAGUUUGGAAAUUAAAGAAGAUAUAUAUCGAAAUGGCGCCAGUGGGGUUGCCUCCGGGGUUCAGGUUCCAUCCCACCGACGAAGAGCUCGUCAAUUACUAUCUCAAGAGGAAGAUCAGUGGCCAAGAAAUCGAGCUUGAUAUCAUUCCGGAGGUGGAUCUCUACAAAUGCGAGCCUUGGGAGUUAUCAGAAAAGUCGUUUCUUCCAAGUAGAGACCCAGAAUGGUACUUCUUUGGGCCGAGAGACAGAAAGUAUCCAAAUGGGUUCAGAACAAACAGAGCCACAAGAGCAGGGUACUGGAAAUCCACCGGAAAAGACAGGCGAGUCAGUUCACAAAACCGAGCCAUUGGGAUGAAGAAGACGCUUGUUUAUUAUAGAGGCCGAGCCCCUCAAGGCAUUAGAACCGACUGGGUCAUGCAUGAAUAUCGCCUCGACGACAAGGACUGCGAGGACAGCUCUGGCAUUCAGGAUUCUUACGCAUUGUGUAGAGUAUUCAAGAAAAAUGGAAUAUGUUCGGAAGUGGAAGAACAAUUAGUAGGUGGACAAAGCAGCAGCUUGUCAUUUAUGGAGAACUCAAACUCAACAUCACAAACUUUGGUCAAUGAUUACGAAACUUUAUCACCUGAUAUUCUGAUGGCAGCUUCAUCUUCUUUCGUGGAGGAAGAAGAAAAGGAUGAUUCAUGGAUGCAAUUCAUUACAGAAGAUGCAUGGUGUGCUUCCAAUUCAUCAGCAAUCGGCCUCGACGACCUCUCUCACCUGACUUUCACCAAUUGAAACUCAUAUUGGUUCCUAAUAAUUUUAUAGAUUUAAUGGUCCCUAUAUUUUUUCUUUACUAUAAUAAUUUAUACGAACGACGUGUAUCUCUCUCUCUCUCUCUCUACAUAUAUAUACACAUAUAUACAUACAAGUUGAUGGGAUUGGGAAGAAAGAGUGAGGAGAAGGGUGGUGAGAUUUGUCAAUUUCCAUCUGUAGAUUAUGUAUUUUGGAUUGUGGGUGUGGUUGGUAACUUCUGUAGGGUCAAAUUUAAUCAAGUAGAAACAAGACCUCUAUGGAAUAUAUUUUGGUUUCA